AUGGCAUUGGCGACUGUUUACAAGCAGUUCCUUGCUGCACCAAACUCGUCCCAAUUAGCAGAUGAUGCCUCCCUCCACUACAUAACCACUACUUCUAGUUACAGAGGUUCAGCCGACAUACUCAAGCACCUCAAUGCCACGACCAAGCAGCUGAAGAAGAAGAAGAUAGAGUUUCUUUCCGUUAUAGAAGGCCAAAAUGCCAUCGCUGCUGAAGUCGAUACCGUACUCGAGUUUGCCAUUAGUGGUGGGCCCUAUCUACCUGGUCUCGACGACAAUUUCCUAGCCGAUCGCACUGUCUAUAUUCACAUUAUGCACAUCGUUACCUUCGAUAACAACGGCAAAAUUCUACAGAUCCGUCAGUCAUGGGAUCAAGGCUCCCUCCUUAAGCAGCUCGAUGUUAUCGGCAAGUCAGGUCGCAACUGGCCAAUUCGCGACAGCAAAGACCAAAUCAAGUUGAUCGAGACUUGCGUAAAGUCCUCGAGUAAUGGUGUCUCCAACGAGGACCCUGUUGAAGCUGCCCCACGCGCUCGUGGCAACUCAAAUAAUGCCCUACGCGAUCCUCAUGCCUCGCUCUCAUUGUUCGCUCCUCGCGAAGAAUCCGACGAGAGCAUAGCCACCGUCAUCUCUCCUAGGGGUGGAGCUCGGCCACGACAACGCGAUAUCAUGGAGAUCUUGGGUGACGAGCCUGUCGAAAGCCCUGGUCGUGAUCGGUCGGAAUCGCCAAGCAAAGUGGUCGCUCCUAAGGCUGGCGUUGAGAAAAAGUUCCAGCCAAGCCGACUAUUUGAAGACGAAGAGAUCGUGGAAGAGAGCAAUCCACUUGAAGAUGUCGCCUCUCCUAAUCGUUUCUACCGUCCUAACCCUAAAAAGUUCAGUCACUUUGACUUUACUGACGGCUCUGACGAGCCAGAGCAGGUCCCGCCACCUACUGAGGAAACAACUAAAAAGGCCAAACAUAUCAGUCAGUGGUCGUUUGAUGAUUUUGUCACUCCACAAAAAGUGAAGCCAUCGAAGGUGUUGCAACAAAAGAAUGUUCGCCAUUGGGGAAAUGAAGAUGAUGAGGUACCAGAUAGUCCAGAGCGAAACCCCGCAGCGGCUAAACCUCGUCGUGAUGCCGAGACUCAUUUCGAAUUCAUAGAUGACGGAGUUCCUAGUGGUGCGCCUCGUGCUGCACGUCCCCGCGGUGCAACGCAUAACAAUGGACUUGGCUUGUACAAGAACAAUUUGUACAACGAGGACGGAAAUGGGACGCCUCCUGCCAGUGAGGCCCAACCCUUGGGAGCCAUCACGAACUUGAAGGACCGUGGUCGAGAUUUUGAAUCUCACUGGGACAUGACCGACAAUUCGCCAGCUCAAAAGCCACAAUCCAAACCUGUGAUAGGAGAAGACCGUAAAAAGGUUGUCAAGAUGAUGGACGCCAACUGGUCGAACUAUGACCAAUCCCCUAUACCAAAGGAAAAAGAAAACAAACCUAUUGGUGUGUCUAAAGGUCCUGGGCCAGACGGGGAGCGGGGAAUCCGCAUCGGUGGCGACGGAAUGGGCGGCGGAAAGGGCUCUAAUCGCAACUGGCUUUUCAGCGAUGAGGAUGGCAGCCAUACUAUCAAGCCAGAAGGCAGGAGAAAGGUUCAACCCGCAACCGCUACGUCGUUCAACUGGGAUUUCUAG